AUGAGUGGUACGGACGUUAGCUCCCGAGGCCCUGGGACGGUCCCCAUGCCGACCGACCUGCCCGUCCGGCUCUACAUGCGCGCGUUGCGCCAGUACCAGAAGUUGAUCGACUUGAAACGAUUCACCCAGGAAAAAACAUGGUUAAUAACAUUCGUACGCCAAGGCUACAAACGUCAGCCGACGCCCGCGCCUCUGGAACUCCGUAAGCUCACGAUAAGA